AUGAAGUACCAGGGAUUGUGUCCACCUGUACCGCGCACUGAGGAAGACUUCGACCCUGGUGCGAAGUUCCACAUCCCAGCUAAUGUGCCCUACGUCAGGUACUUUGUGAGUUUUGUAAUCCAGUUCCAGUUCCACAAAGCCCUGUGUGAAGCCGCCGGUCAGCCAGCUCCGCUCCACAACUGUGACAUCUACCAGUCCAAAGAAGCAGGGAAACUCCUGGGUGAUGUGAUGAAGAUGGGCUUCAGUAAACCCUGGCCCGAAGCCAUGACUUUGAUUACUGGCCAGCCCAAAAUAAUGAAGUACCAGGGAUUGUGUCCACCUGUACCGCGCACUGAGGAAGACUUCGACCCUGGUGCGAAGUUCCACAUCCCAGCUAAUGUGCCCUACGUCAGGUACUUUGUGAGUUUUGUAAUCCAGUUCCAGUUCCACAAAGCCCUGUGUGAAGCAGCCGGUCAGCCAGCUCCACUCCACAACUGUGACAUCUACCAGUCCAAAGAAGCAGGGAAACUCCUGGGUGAUGUGAUGAAGAUGGGCUUCAGUAAACCCUGGCCCGAAGCCAUGACUUUGAUUACUGGCCAGCCCAAAAUGUCAGUCCAGCCUCUGAUGGAGUAUUUCCAACCGCUCAUCGAGUGGCUUGAAGAGGAGAACAAAAAGAACGGUGACGUCCUGGGAUGGCCAGAGUACGAUUGGACGCCUUACAAAAUCGCUUCAGUGAUGGAAGAGAAGCCGAAAGCAGUCAGUUUCCUGGGUUUGAGUGUGGAUGAGGCAGGUGCUGUGGCGGGACAGUGGAUUCUCCUGGUUCUGAGCAUCGUCUUCCUGCUUGGCAUCAUCUAUUUAGUCUACAGAUACAGGAAGACUAAACGCUUACAGGACAAAUCAAUGUCUCAGAUGGAGCUCAAGUAAAAUCCUUUAAAUAGGAAUACAUUCUAUUCUU